UGUUUGCUGUGGUUGAGCGGAUGCGCGGCCGCCCAGCCCGCAUUCAAACCGGGCUUCACGCCCCUCGUGCCGCCCGCGUACCCGCUCGCCGUGCGCAACCCCUACCUCUCGGCGUGGGUGCCGGGCGCGCGCGCCGCCAAGACGCUGCCCCGGGCGCAGGCGCACUUCUGGACCGGGCAGCCGCUGGGGUGGGCGGUGCUCGCGCGCGUCGACGGCAAGGCGUACAGCCUGUUCGGGACGCCGGAGCUGGCGGGCGACGACGUCGACGUCGAGGCAGCCAAGGUCGUCGGCGGCGAGUACACGUCGACGCGGACGGCGUUUGCCGUCGAGGCCGGGGGCGUGCGCUUCUCGCUGGACUUUCUGUCGCCGGCGUUUGUGGGCGCGGACGCGGCCAGCCUGGUGCAGCAGAGCCUGCCGCUCAGCUUCCUGACUGUCUCGGCUGCCCUGGUCGAUCCCCACAAGGUCCCGAGACAUCCCGACGUUAGCGUCUACUCGGACAUUGACAACAAGUGGCUCGGCCCGCUGCCCGACACGGACCCGGCGUUUACGCUGACCCGCGCGAACCAGGGCAGGACGCACGUGUGGACCUGGGAGUCGACGCGCCGGGGCAAUGUGUACCAGGAGAAGAACAACAUGGCCGCGUGGGGGCAGGUGUUGUACGCCAGCCAUGCCAAGGACGACGGCGCCAUGACCAUGGCCUUUGGCAAAGAGGACGACGUGCGCAAGCAGUUUGUGCAAAACGGCACGCUGGACGAGCUGGCGGCGCCGGUGCCCAAGUGGAACAGCUCGGGGACGCCCGUGUCGGCGUACGCGCACGCGCUGGGCCGGCUGGACGCAGCAAAGGCGACGAACGUGACGUUUGGCGUGGCCAUGGUGCGCGACCUGGCGGUGCGCUUCUACGGCACCGACUACGCGCCCUACUACAAGACGCGGUACCCGCAGCGGGCGGACACGGUGACGGCCGUGGCGGACGCGUUUGGCGCACUGGAAAAGACGCAGGAGACGUGCAAACGGCUCGAUCGCAGGGUCCACGACGCGUCGGUGGCGACGGGCGGCGCCAACUACUCGCACAUCACGACGCUGUCGGUGCGGCAGGUGCUGGGGGCCGUGGACGUGACAGUGCCGGCCGACACGCUAGACGCGGGCAACGCGACGGCGUGGAUGAAGGAGAUAUCGAGCAACGGCGACAUCCAGACGCUCGACAUCAUCUUCCCGGCCAUUCCCUUCUUCUACUGGCUCUCGCCGGGGUACAUCCAGCUGCUGCUGCGCCCCAUCCUCCAGUACCUCGAGAUGAGCCGGCUCAGCCGCGCCGCCGUCGACAACACGAACAAGAACAAGAAGCAGAACAACGCCCCCGGCUGGCCGCACCCCUGGGCCGUGCACGACCUGGGCGACCGCGCCUACCAGAACGGCGGGUACCCGCGCGCGGCGGGCCACGACAACGGCCGCUCGGAGCAGAUGCCGCUGGAGUCGACGGGGAAUUUGCUGAUUCUCGCAUACAUGCACCAGCGGGCGACGGGCUCCAAGGCCUUAGGGACGCAGUACCGCGCGCUGCUGGACGGGUACGCAAGCUACCUGCGCGCCAACGGGCUGCGGCCCUCGGCCCAGCUCGCGACCAACGACGGCGCCGGCAAGCUCGCGAACCAGACGAACCUCGCCGUCAAGGCGGCCGUGGCGCUGAACGCGCACGCGCACAUGUACGCCAACGCCAGCGCGGCGCAGGGGGCGCGGGCCAUGGCGGCCGCGAUCGCGAGCAAGGAGUACGGCCUCUCAGACGACAGCUCGCACCUCCUCCUCGCGUACCACGAGCCGGCGACGUGGGGCCUGAUGUUCAAUCUGUACCCAGACACACUCCUCAACCUCAGCACCUUCGCGCCCGAAGUCCACGCCAAGCAAGCGCGCGCCUACGCGGCCAAACACGCCGCCCUGCCCGCGUCAGCGCGCGGCCUGCCCAUCGAUUCGCGCGGCGACUACGGCAGCUCGAACUGGAUGUUUUUCUGCGGGGCGGCAGACCCCGAGGGGCGGCGCGGCGCGGCAAGAAAGGCGUUUCUGGACGACGUGCAUGCUUAUCUGGCGAGUGGGAUGGGCGAGGGGGUGCCCUUUUGCGAUCGCUUCUUUGUGAGUGGGGAGGGCGCGGGCAGGCCGAGUCCGGCUGGCCAUGCGUUUAGGGCGCGCCCGGUUGUGGGGGGGCAUUUUGCUGUGCUGGCUUGGGGGGAGGGGUGGGUUGGGUUUGGAUGGGUGUGUGGGCUUUUGGGUGGAGCGUGGCGUUGGGGUUUGGGUUUGGGUAUGGUGGGUGGGUUUAUUGCGCUUACCUCUUUUUCUUCUUCCUCUUUCACCUCUCCCUAA